AUGCACCUGAGCCCCUGUGGAUGGCCUCAAUUUGGGGAGGUGAAGGAGGAGGAACAGAAGAAGAAGAAAGAAGAAGGAGGAACAGAAGAGGGUUCCCGGGCCCGGGCUCGGGAGGACUAUGACAGUGUGGAGCAGGAUGGGGACGAGCCGGGGCCGCAGAGGUCUGUGGAGGGCUGGAUCCUGUUUGUCACGGGGGUCCACGAGGAGGCCACAGAAGAAGACAUCCACGACAAGUUCGCCGAGUACGGGGAGAUCAAGAACAUCCACCUCAACCUGGACAGAAGGACGGGAUACCUGAAGGGAUACACGCUGGUGGAAUAUGAGACCUACAAAGAGGCCCAGGCAGCCAUGGAGGGGCUGAACGGGCAGGAGCUGAUGGGACAACCCAUCAGUGUGGACUGGUGCUUUGUCAGAGGACCUCCCAAGGGGAAGAGGAGGGGCGGGCGGCGGCGGAGCAGGAGUCCCGACAGGAGACGCCGAUGA